UGCACCAUUUCACCAGCAGAAGCACCAUUACUGUUGCCAUUACCUUCAUUCAUUCGCAUCUCUCUCUCUCUCUCUCUCUCACUCUCUUUCUCUCCUAUCAUUUUCUUUCCCUCCGAAUUUUCAUCGCUGCAAAUGGCAACUGCAUUGCUGCACUCCCAUGUCUCCCACUUACAGUGCUUUCCAUUUUUGCAGUCAUUCUCCUUCGUCUUGACAUGCUUUUCUUGAUCCUUGUUUAUUAUUCUUGUCCAAACAAGAUGCAAAAUCUGCCUCAGCCUUUUCUCACUUUCACUUCCACUCAUAUUGAUGUAUCAGUUGCUCAAGCUUGUACAUUCAUUUCAAACAUAUCAGGAGCAAAUUGACAUUAAGGUUAUAAAAAGGAAACUAAACCCGUGUCCCUCUUCACAGGUUCGCUAUAUAUAACCAUUUCUUUGACACUUAACCCAGCCGGAAGUUUAACAACCUCUAUUGUAGGUGUAGCCUCCAGGAUUCAAACAACUAAGAUGUCAUUUUCCUGUACCAAAAACUUCUUCCAACGGUUCUGUAUUGAUAAAUUUCAAAUGGUCAGUGCCAUUCAUGGCAGUUUCUUCUCAAGUGAUCUCCUUCCAUCACUUGGGGCCAGAAUUAACCAGGAGACCAAGAUACAUAGAUACAUAAUUUCCCCUUUCAACCCUAAUUAUAGGGCCUGGGAGAUGUGGCUGGUUGUUCUAGUCAUUUACUCUGCCUGGAUCUGUCCAUUCGAGUUUGCAUUCCUAACUUACAAGCAAGAUGCAGUUUUCAUUGUUGACAACAUUGUCAAUGGCUUUUUUGCCAUCGACAUCAUUCUUACCUUCUUUGUUGCAUAUCUCGAUAGCCAAUCUUAUCUCCUUGUUGAUGAUCCCAAGAAGAUUGCCAUCAGGUACAUAUCUACCUGGCUUGCCUUUGAUGUCUGUUCCACUGCUCCAUUUCAGUCCCUCAGCCCCAUGUUCACAGAUCAUGGCAGUGAACUUGGGCUCAGGCUACUCAACAUGCUCAGGCUCUGGCGCCUGAGACGAGUCAGCUCCCUGUUUGCAAGACUAGAGAAAGACAUCCGGUUCAACUACUUCUGGACUCGAUGCACCAAGCUCAUUUCUGUGACCCUUUUUGCAGUACAUUGUGCUGGAUGCUUUAACUAUCUGAUCGCAGAUAGAUACCCUGAUCCUUCAAGAACCUGGAUUGGUGCAGUAUACCCAAAUUUCAAAGAGCACAGUGUCUGGGAUAGAUAUAUAACUUCAAUUUACUGGUCCAUUACAACACUCACUACAACUGGUUAUGGGGACUUGCAUGCUGAGAAUCCAAGAGAGAUGCUAUUUGAUAUCUUUUACAUGUUGUUUAAUUUGGGAUUAACAGCUUACCUCAUCGGGAACAUGACAAACCUGGUAGUUCACUGGACAAGCCGGACCCGUAAUUUUAGGGAUAUAGUCAGAGCUACUUCAGAUUUUGCAACACGAAAUCAGUUGCCCCACCGCAUACAAGAUCAAAUGUUGUCACACAUAUGCUUAAGAUUCAAAACAGAAGGACUGAAGCAACAAGAGACCCUAAAUAGUUUGCCAAAAGCCAUUCGCUCAAGCAUUGCACAGCAUCUCUUCUUCCACGUUGUGCAGAAAGUCUAUCUCUUCCAAGGAGUUUCUCAUGACUUCCUCUUUCAGUUGGUUUCAGAAAUGGAUGCUGAGUAUUUCCCACCCAAAGGAGAUGUCAUCCUGCAGAAUGAAGCCCCGACAGAUCUUUAUAUACUUGUCUCAGGAGAAGUUAACUUAAUCUCCCACGCAGAUGGACAUGAUCAGGUUAUUGGAAAGGUAGCUGCAGGGGAUAUGUUUGGAGAGGUUGCAGUUCUAUGUUAUAGGCCACAGCCAUACACGGUUCGGACCACCGAGCUUUGUCAAAUACUACGACUGAAUGGAACUUCACUGAUGAACACCAUACAAGUAAAUAUGGAAGAUGGAUGUGUUAUAAUGCAUAAUCUUUACAUGAAAUUGAACGGGCUUAAGAGCAACAGCUUUAACAAGCACAAUAUAGAUCCGGGUUUGACAUGCAAUAAAUGGCUUGGGGGAGGAGCAAUGAAAGGAAGUUGUUUGGAUGCAGGAUUUGAAGAUCAACCACAGAGAAAUACAUCUACGAAAGAAGCAAUAGACGUAGAUUUGUUGGGAUCAGAGGCUAUAGAGAAGAGUCAAACAGGUAGAUUUCCAAUGAAUGGAAAUUCAACAACAGAGGAUGGCCAAACAGCUCUCCAUGAUGCUGUUUGCAAGGGGCAUAUUGAAAUGGUCAAGGUUUUGCUCGAAAGAGGAGGAAGUGUAAAUAAGCCAGAUGUAAGAGGAAGAAUGCCAAAAGCAUUGGCAGAACAGCGGGGAAACGAGAGCAUACAUGAGCUCUUACUGAGUUAUGAAAACAAAAGAAAAUUAGAUGAACAUAGGAUAGACAUUAUCGGGACAGAAACAGCAGAUGAACCGCAGAAUAGUCAGAUCAAACAUAGAAGUGGGGCCCAAAAUUUCUUCAAUUCACUCAGUUAUAGAGAGGAAAUACUACCGACUAAGAAAAGAGUUACUAUUCACAUGCAGUUCCAGUGCAGCAGCAGUACAUCAAGUAGACAACAUGGAAAGUUGAUACUCCUACCUGAUUCAAUACAAGAGCUGCUCAGAAUGGCUGGUAAGUCUGACCAGAAAAAAGCACUUGAAAAUAAACCUGAACAUAUGGGGAAAACAAUUAUAAAUCAACUUCAAAUGUGACUAGAAUCCAAAUAGAUUAAAACAAAGAAAAAAGAAAAAAACGAUAAAGGGACUUUUAAACCAAGAACAGGAACCAGAAAGCCACUUUAGUAUGAUUACCUGCUUUUGCUCUAUUCAUUUCUCAUUCUAUAACCUUGUGAAACUGCAGGGGAAAAGUUUGGAGGCUACCCAUUCAUAAAAGUCGUUAAUGCUGAGAAUGCAGAAAUAGAUGAUAUACAUGUCAUUCGAGAUGGUGACGAUCUGUUUCUCCUUCAAGAUGAAGGUGAAAAUGUAGAUAUAAGUCUGACCUGAUGAAACUAAAAGGGCAGUCAUGAAUAGAUGCAGACAGUUUGUAACCUUUAGGGAAUGCCAACGAUAAUAAAAUAAUAACAAAAAUAUAACAGCAUCAGUUGAUUUGGGAGUCAAAAUUGAAAUUAUACUGUUAAAUCAGAGUGGUCCAUCACAUAU